AUGACUCGUGGACUUCCUGCUGGGGGAGAGCUUGACCUGCAGAGCCCCGCCCCCCCGCUGCAGGACUCCUCCGUCCCGAAGGGGGCGCCGCCGGGCGAUGACCUGGACCUCAGUUUUCUACCCGAUGAGCUCGGCGGGCAGGACGGGCGGGCUGAAGCAGCAGUGGAGCGGACUCUGAAUGAGUCUCAGGACAGCGGCAUCGGUCUGGACUACAGCUCCCAGAAUCCCACAGCAGAGACGGCUGAGCCCACGCAGGGGUCGGGUCGGGGCCCCGCCUCCUUCUACCCCAUGACCCCAAUGACCCCCAUGACCCCCAUGACCCCUGUGACGGAGAGGUCAGGAAUCAUCCCACAGCUGCAGAACAUCGUCUCCACAGUGAACCUCGGCUGUCCUCUGGAUCUGAAGUUUAUCGCCCUUCAAGCAAGAAAUGCUGAGUACAACCCGAAGCGUUUCGCGGCCGUCAUCAUGAGGAUCCGUGAGCCAAGAACCACCGCGCUGAUCUUCAGCUCGGGGAAGAUGGUCUGUACCGGAGCCAAGAGUGAGGAGCAGUCUCGGCUGGCAGCCAGGAAGUACGCCCGUGUAGUGCAGAAGCUCGGCUUCCCCGCUCGUUUCCUGGACUUUAAGAUCCAGAACAUGGUGGCGAGCUGUGACGUUUGCUUCCCCAUCAGACUGGAGGGACUGGUCCUCACCCACCAGCAGUUCAGCAGUUAUGAGCCGGAGCUGUUUCCUGGACUCAUCUACAGGAUGGUGAAGCCUCGCAUCGUCCUGCUCAUCUUUGUGUCGGGAAAAGUCGUUCUGACCGGAGCUAAAGAGCGAGCGGAGAUCUACGAAGCGUUUGAGAACAUUUAUCCGAUCCUGAGAGGCUUCAGGAAGCAGUGA